AUGAUCAGCUUAACCGCGGUGCUGGUGCCGUUGUUCGCUGUCGCUCUCCUUCCUUUCCUGUUUGUAUUGGUAGUAUACAGCGUGGCCUGGACGGCCUAUCUCCUCGUGGCCCAGCAAGACCCACCGCCGUACGCACUGCUGGGCUCUGCUGCUCUUGCGCGGCUGAUUCCCUUUCUGCCCCUUGCUCCGCUGCGGUGUGUCAAGGUGGUCAAAGCAUCGGCACAGUACGUUUGGGCCUGCCUCUGGAAUAUUCGCAUUGCGCACGACUGGUUCCUGCGAUAUGUAUACUACACCCGCGCCAAGGAGCGGGGUGAGCCUAUUUUUGAUACCAUUCCCUAUGGAAUCCCAUUCUCUCGGCAAGUCCUCGAUGUAUACCCUGCACCGCGCACGGCAGGCCCCGAGCCACGCUCCACACUCGCCGCGCCCGAAGUGACGGGCCUGGGCAUCCAGCGCGGCGUGCCUGUGUUGGUGAUUGUGCCUGCUCCGAUCCUUCCCAGCAGCAUCCUGGGACAUCGCAAAACCUAUCUUCAGCUUGCACUGAGCAUGCGCAAGCUGGGCUACUGUGUCGUGGUCCCCGACAUUACGUAUUACCCCGCAUCGCGCAUCCGGCAGUCGGUAAUCGACCUGCGCCUGGCGCUCAGCUGGGUCGGCGCGCAUAUUAGCAGCUAUGGCGGCAACCCCGCCAGCAUCUAUGUGAUGGGCUUUGGCCUAUCCGCGCACCUCGUGAGCCUGACGCUGAUCCAAGAGGCGACCGUGCUCAGUCACACGCUCGUGGUGAAUGCCAUUGCGCAUGGCGAGGAGAGUAGCGCCGGCGCUUCACCGCACGGUGCUCUCCAGGCCGAGAAGCGCGAGCAGGUCGCCAUGCGUCUGAAGAAUCUCGAGAUAUACGUUCCCCAAGUCCGCCUUCCACAUCUCGCCGGAGUCGUGCUCCUGGCCGGCGUGAGCGAUGUGGUGAAAGAGUAUCGCCACGAAAUGGAGCAGGGUACCGAGCAUCUAAGCUACCUACGCCGCUCGAGUGGCCCUUCGCAUGGACAAUGCCUCUUGCAUUCCCCCGCACACCUGCUUGUGGAAUCGCGGGGGAUCGUCGACCCCUCGUUCCUCCCCCCCAAGUUCCUCCUGAUCCACGGCGGAAAGGACCAGGUGGUGCCCAUCAGCCAUUCUACACUCUUAAACACGCUUCUUUCCGAGGCCGGCGUCAAGCAGGUCGAGAUGCGCGCAUAUCGCGAACUCGGCCACCUCGAAACGCUGACAAGCCUCCUGACGAUCCCCUGCCAGAAAGACUCGGCCUACGCACCCCAACUCCUCGCGGACGUGCGGGAGUUUAUUUCCUAG